CGACAUGAAAUCAUUAUUCACACGAGGCAUGAUAUGUAAAAAAUUUUAAGCCUCAGGGAUCUUUUGCUCACUUGUGCUGAUUUAGAAAUUAAUCGUGAUGAUGGAUUUCCUCAACAUAUUUGUAAAUCUUGUAUCAAUAUAAUAGAGAGCGCUUAUUCUUUCCGUAUAAUGUGCGAGAAAAAUGAAAGACUAUUGAAACAACAGUUUGAGCAAAUUGAAACUACACAGUCCGAGGUUGAUUAUGAAAAUGAUAAAAUUGAUUUUGAUGAGAAUGGUUUUGAAGCUACAGAUGAAUAUGUUGAAAUCAGUGAUGAUGAAUUAUUAACAAAUAAUGUAGUGGCAAUUUUGGAAGAUCCAAUUAGUGAUCAAUUUGAAAAAUUAGAAGAUCACAAAAUAGAAUCUAAUGAUCCUAAAGAUGAACCAAUAUCAGAAAAAAAAUCAAAGGCUGUUAAAAAUAAUAAGUUGAUCAAUGUAAAUGAAGGAGCAAAAAAGCAUAAUUGUACACAAUGUAAAAGGCAAUUUAAAUUAAAGACAUCAUUGGAUCUACAUGUUAUACGAAAUCAUAGUGGAAGUGCAACACUUGAUGAAGCAAAGCUAAUUUGUUCUAUAUGCAAUAAAAAAUGUGUAUCAGAAACACAUUACAAUCGUCACAUGAAUUACCAUAGAACAGGUAAACAAUACCAUUGUGAUAUUUGUGGUAGAGAUUUUUCACAAUAUCGCAGCUAUGAGUCUCAUAAAUAUUCUCAUACUGGAGAACGACCAUUCUUAUGUACUGAAUGUGGUAAAACAUUCAAACAAAAUUGCGAUCUGGAAAUCCAUAUGAGACUACAUUCAAAUUCUUAUCCAUAUAUUUGUAAUAUAUGUGGUGCAAAAUAUAGAUAUAGCAGCAUCUUUACAUUACAUAAACGUACACACUCAGGUGAGAAGCCUUUUGAGUGCCCCUUUUGUGAUAAGAAAUUCAGGAACAGUUGUAGAUUGAAAGUUCAUAAAAGGUCCAUACAGGAGAAAAGCCUUAUGUUUGUCAAAUAUGUCAAAAAGCAUUUGCAAGACCAUAUGCAUUAA